UGUGCCAACCCCUGUCAUGGGGCUCUCAGGGACCACAGAAGCAGAAGGUCAAAGGACCAUGUUGCUCACUUAAGGAGAUGUUGAAGAUUCAGAAGCUCAUUGGUGUCUGAGCUGCAGAAAGUGGCUGAUGCAGCCUCCGAUUGUGCCUGAAAUGCUCUGGAGGUGAGGCUGAAGGAUGGAGCCCACCGCUGUGAGGGGAGAAUGGAAGUGAAGCACCAAGGAGAAUGGGGCACAGUGGAUGAUCUGAACUGGAGCAUGGAGGAGGCAGCUGUGGUGUGCAGACAGCUGGGAUGUGGAGGUGCCACUGAUGCUCCAAAGAGGGCUCAUUUUGGACCAGGGAUUGGCCCCAUUUGGUUUCCUUAUAUUUAUUGCAAAGGUCCAGAGUCAGCUAUCACGGAGUGUAGUUAUCCUCCUGUUAAAGAUCAUCGCCCUGAGGGCAAUUCCCGUGACAAGGAUGCGGGAGCAGUCUGCUCAGUUCUGGAGGUGAGGUUGAAGGAUGGAGCCCACAACUGUGAGGGGAAAGUGGAAGUGAAGCGCCAAGGAGAAUGGGGCACAGUGAAUGAUGACAACUGGAGCAUGGAGGAGGCACAGGUGGUGUGCAGAGAGCCGAAGUGUGGAGCUGCCACUGAUGCCCCCAGAGGGGCUUAUUUUGGAUCAGGGAUUGGCCCCAUUUGGUUUCAGUAUAUUUACUGCAAUGGGACAGAGUCAAUGCUCACUCAGUGUAGUUAUCCUCCUCUUAAAGACCAUCAUCCUGAGGGCCUUUCCCAUGACGGGGAUGCUGGAGCAGUGUGCUCAGAUCUGGAGGUGAGGCUGAAUGAUGGAACCCACCGCUGUGAGGGGAGAGUGGAAGUGAGGCACCAAGGAGAAUGGGGUACAGUGAAUGAUCACAGCUGGAGUAUGGAGGAGGCGGCUGUGGUGUGCAGACGACUGGGGUGUGGAGGUGCUGUUGAUGCUCCAAAAAGGGCUAAAUUUGGACCAGGGAUUGGACCCAUUUGGUUUCAUUAUAUUUACUGCAAAGGGCAGGAGUCAGCUAUCACCAAGUGUAGUUAUCCUACUGUGAAAGAUCAUCGUCCAGAGGGCCAUUCCCAUGGCAAGGAUGCUGGAGCAGUCUGCUCAGCUCUGGAACUGAGGCUGAAGGAUGGAGCCCACCCCUGUGAGGGGAGAGUGGAAGUGAAGCACCAAGGAGAAUGGGGUACAGUGAAUGAUCUAAAUUGGAGCUUGGAGGAGGCAUCAGUGGUGUGCAGACAGCUGGGGUGUGGAACUGCUGUUGAUACUCCCAAAGGGGCUAAAUUUAGACCAGGAAUUGGACCCAUUUGGUUUCAUUAUAUUUACUGCAAAGGGCCAGAGUCAGCUAUCACCAAGUGUAGUUAUCCUACUGUGAAAGACCAUCGUCCAGAGCACCAUUCCCAUGAAAAGGAUGCUGGAGCAGUCUGCUCAGGUAAGUGCUGUCUGGUCGAGAAAGGGAAUCCCCCACAGUAGAAGACUCACAA